CCCACCCCUUAAAACAGGCCAUAACUUGGCCGAAACCCGUCUUGUUAGCAUGAAAACACGACACGACAUGCUGUAGAAAAGCUUGACUAGCAAACAGACUAAACGGACAUUCAUAACUAAAAAGACUUUACAACGGCUGGUCGUUUUAUACUCUAGCUGCAGCGUCAACGGCUUUGGUUCACGAGUGAAACAGACGUUAGCUUGUUUGCUAACUUUUCCAGAAAUCCGGAUCGAGGUUCACCCACAGCUGCUUCGGGUUGCGCAAGACGGCCGGCAAGUUUCCACUCGCGUUAUAACUGACAUUAUUCCACCAUGGGAUCCAGAGCCUCCACGUUACUCCGAGAUGAGGAAAUCGAAGAAAUUAAGAAGGAGACCGGCUUCUCUCACAGUCAGAUCACUCGCCUGUACAGCCGCUUUACGAGUCUGGAUAAAGGAGAAAAUGGCACCCUCAGUCGAGAGGAUUUCCAGAGGAUCCCGGAGUUGGCCAUCAAUCCGCUGGGAGACAGAAUCAUCAACGCGUUCUUCCCUGAGGGAGAGGACCAGGUGAACUUCAGGGGCUUCAUGCGGACUCUGGCUCACUUCAGACCGAUCGAGGACAACGAGAAGAGCAAAAACGCCGCCGUCAGCGAGCCGCUCAACAGCAGGACCAACAAGCUGCUCUUUGCUUUCCGUCUGUAUGACCUGGACAGAGAUGACAAAAUCUCCCGGGACGAGCUGCUGCAGGUCCUGCGGAUGAUGGUCGGCAUAAACAUUUCAGACGAUCAGCUCGGCAGCAUCGCCGACCGGACCAUACAAGAGGCGGACACGAAUGGAGAUAACUCCAUUUCCUUCACUGAAUUCAUCAAGGUCUUGGAAAAGGUUGACGUGGAACAGAAAAUGAGCAUCCGGUUCCUACACUAAGUAUCUUUAAAAAAACAUAUUAUUAUUAGUCAUUUCUUUGAGUAGAGCUUCAACAUGUCAGUUGAUUUCAGAACACGACCCCGUCCAGCCUGCCGGCUGCUGUGGCCCGCACGCCGAGAACACGCCGCCAGACCGGGCGCUGCGUAGAUAACGUCAGUUUCUGCCGCUGCUCCGUAAACAAAAGGGGGAAGCCGCGUGCCUUGGGUUGUUUUUUUUGCACCGUCACUAUGAAUUUGUUCUCCUCCGCAAUGGAACGUUGUUUAUUCCAAAACUUUUAGCGGGUCACAGUCGCCGCCGCCGCCGUUCCACUUUUCUCGUGAAAAUGUGGUUUUCCAGCCUCGGUACAUUAAAGCAUUUUGCUUUUACCGUAAGUACGUCUAUUUUAUGUUCGCUCGUGCCGUCUGAUGGAGAGAUGGCACACGAUGUGUCCUCGUCAACGUGAAUAUGCAAUGGCUCGAGGCAAAAUUUGUUCGGUGUUUUGAUUCCACUUAAAAAAACAGUGUUUCUCACGCCAACCGGAUCUCACGACGGAGAAAGUCAGACCCCGUCGGCUCUAAGUUUGUCUCUUGGAGCAAAGCCGGACCUGCUCUACAGAUUUUUGUUUCACUCACUGAAGUGCCAUGGCUUUGGUUCCCCUUUGUCUCAACCGUGUACCAGAACCUCUCUCUGUGUUUGUGUGUUUUUAUUUUCCAUAGGGGCUAAUGGAGCUACAGCCAAUAUGUUGUAAUUACCCGUUUCAUUUGUUGACCUUGAACCAAAGUGAGUUUCAAAGCCAAUCACGCCAACACGUGUAUAUUGUGAUAUUUAAAGAACUCCUUAUUCAGUUACAACAACAAAACUGUGGCGGUAAGAAUGAAGAUUUCACCAAAAAGAUGCUGCCGUUUCUUUGGCUCGUGGGUGUUUGCGUCUUCUCUCGCACACGUUCUUGCUCAUUUGCGAAAUGGUAUUGCUAGUAUUUAGCUGCCACCGUGGCCUGCUUUCCAGAUUUAGUCUUGCCGCCCUGGCGAACUGCGCCAGGCCCUGUGAUGGAAAUUGUGCUGUCGAAUUGUUAGUUUGUAGACUUAGAAUGGGUAAACUCGUGAUAAUGUGCUCUAGUUUUAUAUAUCUGAUCAGUCUUCCUGUGACUAAAGAAUGUGCGUGUGGAUGUACGCACUGCUUCCAUAGUUGUCUGGCAAUGUCCUUCCCCAUCGAAGAGUUCCAGAUGUUAAAAAGAAUAGGAUGCUUUAAUUAUGUAUUUUCUGUAAAUGCUAGUGUACAGGACUUGUGCAAAUAGCUGAUCCUUUAAUCUCUAAUGUGAGUUAGUUUAAUCAUUACAAGAACACAGGGAAUACAACUUGACCAUAUAAUGAAUCAUGUGGUUUAUCCAUGAGAUACGAUUCAAAUGUGAUGUUGGUCUCGGUGUUAUCAAAGUGAUUCAUGAAUAUAAUUUUAAUAAAUGAGGUGCCAUGCUUAA